AUGCGGUGCCACGGGGCGGGGCGCGGGGGGCAGGCGCUGGUGAUGAUGGAGUACCUGGUGGCGCAUGGCACCGAGCGCGUCGUCAGAGACCUCCGCGACCGCUCUGCCUUCAUCCAGAGUCUCGCUGAUUUCCAGUACAUGGACAGCGCGGGCAAGGACCAGGGCCUCAACGUGCGCACCAAGGCGCAGGCGCUACUCGCCCUGCUGCGCGACUCCGCGCGCAUUGCUGAGCUCAGGGACCGUGCUGCUGCCACCCGCAACAGGUUCAAGGGCGCGUCAGCAGCAGGCACGGGGCGGGCGUCGAACCCAUAUGGCGACUACGAGCCUGAGAGGCAGUCCAGGGACUCGCACCCCACAGCCAGCUACGGCAGCAACAGCUACGCGGGCGACGGGCGGAGUGUGUACAGCACGGGGUCGGCGGAGAGGGUGCACGCCACUGACAGCGCGCACAGUGGCGAUGGCGAGAGGCCCAGCGGGUACACAGGCAAGCAGAGAUACGGGGAUGAGGAGGAGGUGGAGCACAGCAGCACGGGAGGGGGAGCGGCGAGGGCGAGUGGGCACGAGGGAGGGGGUGCGGCGGGCAGCAGGGUGGCGGGCAGCAGUGCUGGCGGGGAAGGUGUGGCAGGGGGGCAAGGGGGAGGCGGUGGGGGGACGCCACAGAGUGCGCCCAGGCCUGCUGCGGUGCCCAGCACUGCAGCAGCCAGCGCCAGUCCGUUUGAAGAGGAAGGCUUUUCGGCAAGCAGCGCCUACGGCCCAGGCCCAACACAGCCCUACACCUACCCACCCUCCGAUGCCCCUCUUCCUGCUGCUGCUGCUGCUGCUACUGCUGCGGCCCCUGCAGCAGCGGCGUCUGGUGGGGGGGGCGGGGGGGGCUUUGACGACGACGACUUUGACCCGCGCUCCGCAGCGCAGCAGCCAGCACAGCAGCAGUGGCAGCCCGCACCUGCUGCUGCAGUUGGAGGUACACACUCGACUCGCUUGCCCCGUUGGACUCACUUCCCUCAUCCCCAAUGCAUUCUGCAUUGCAUCCCAUCCAUCCCCAGUUGCUUUGCUGUUCACUCUGCUUCCUUUUUCUUCCUCUGCCUGCCACCCUACUCUUCCUUUUUCUUCCUCUGCCUGCCACCCUACUCGUCCUUUUUCUUCCUCUGCCUGCCACCCUACUCUUCCUUUUUCUUCCUCUGCCUGCCACCCUACUCUUCCUUUUUCUUCCUCUGCCUGCCACCCUACUCUUCCUUUUACUUCCUCUGCCUGCCACCCUACUCGUCCUUUUUCUUCCUCUGCCUGCCACCCUACUCUUCCUUUUUCUUCCUCUGCCUGCCACCCUACUCUUCCUUUUUCUUCCUCUGCCUGCCACCCUACUCUUUUUUUUCUUCCUCUGCCUGCCAACCUACUCGUCCUUUUUCUUCCUCUGCCUGCCACCCUACUCUUCCUUUUUCUUCCUCUGCUCUGCCUGCCACCCUACUCUUCCUUUUUCUUCCUCUGCCUGCCACCCUACUCUUCCUUUUUCUUCCUCUGCCUGCCACCCUACUCUUCCUUUUUCUUCCUCUGCCUGCCACCCUACUCUUCCUUUUUCUUCCUCUGCCUGCCACCCUACUCUUCCUUUUUCUUCCUCUGCCUGCCACCCUACUCUUCCUUUUUCUUCCUCUGCCUGCCACCCUACUCUUCCUUUUUCUUCCUCUGCCUGCCACCCUACUCUUCCUUUUUCUUCCUCUGCCUGCCACGCUACUCUUCCGCAUCGCUCCGCCAGCCUCACCAGGUACCUCUUUCGUUCCUCCUGAUCCCUUCCGCCCCUCAUCCUCCCUUGCCCUCAGAGCCACCUGCCUUUGGGGAUUCCAGCCCCCACAGCAGCAGCAGCAACAGCAGCAGGCAGCGGUGGCGGCAUCUGGUUACGCAGACCCCGCCCAGCCUGCUGCGCCCGUGCCAGCUGCACCAUAUGCCUUCUCUGCCUCAGACGCUGCUCCCACCUCCGCCACUGCUCCCCCCCAUAACACCGCCCAUCACCCCACUCCCCCUGCCUCCGUGCCUGCACCUGCUUCUGCUGCGCCCUCUGGUGCUGCCGGCAGUGAUAGCGGUGCAGCAGGAGCGGCAGCAAUGUGUGGAGAGGGCAAGGGCGGUGUGAGUGCGGGGGCAGGUGCGGGAGUGAAGAAGUCAAGUGUGUUCUCAGACGUGCUCAGUGCCGGCCUUGUGGACCUCAACAUCUCCAAAGAGCCGGAUGACCCGCUGAGCUCGGUGGGCGUGAUGCCCAAGUCGAAGCUCAGAUCGGCACGCGAGCGCAAGGAGGACGCCACCCGCCAGCAGCAGCAGCACGGGCAGGGGCAGGGCCAGCCGGGGGGUGUGCCCGCUGUCAUGGGCCGUGCCAUGGGUCCUGGUGCUGGUGCUGGUGCUGGUGCUGGUGCUGGUGCUGCUGGCAUGGUUAUGGGGGCAGGCAUGGGGGGCAUGGGAGGCAUGGGUGGUGGGAUGGUAAUGGGAGGAGGAAUGGGGGGGAUGGGAGGGAUGGGGGCUAUGGGUGGAAUGGGUGGUGGAAUGGGUGGGAUGGGAGGUGGUGCUGGUGGUUAUGGCAUGCAGGGUGGUGGGUACGGGGGAAUGGGGAUGGGCGGUGGAGGUAUGGGAGUGAUGGGUGGGGGCAUGGCAGCAAGUGUGGGUAUGGGAAUGGGAGGUGGUGGAUAUCCAAAUCCUCAAGGUGGCUAUCCGACAGGUGCUGGUAACUACCAGCAACCUGGUUACCAGCAAGGCAAUUAUGGUGCUGCAAAUUAUCAAGGCGGAGGUUAUGGUUAUUGA